ACCCGUGCACUCGGAUGAAGCAUUAUUCUCCCCCCAACUGUCCGAUGAUCCAAUGCGUGACCUAGUGUGUGUAUCAUUUGAAACUCCAUGCCGACAUUGCAACCUUACCUCCAGGGUAUAAAGUUGUCCAACUGAUUUACCGACCUACAAACUGCCUUUCAAAAACCUUACAGUCAAAUUCCCGUUUACAUGCUCUUCAAGUGCAUAGCCAUCUUUACUGCAGGGAGUUAUACUACCUUGGCUCAGACAAUCGAGCUAGGAUUCCCUCAGAAUGGAGAUACUGUAACUUCUACCCCGGUCAGGUUAUUCAACCGGUUAGUACUAGGUUUUUUCUUUCUCAGUUUCAUGUGUCACUCUGAAGGAUGCUGUACUACUAGGAAUCCAUGGCAUCAGGUUGGCAUUGCCUUAGCGAUCGAUAGUUGCGUGAACGGCUUGUGCCCCGACCCUGCAGACGGGUCGGAAUCUGUUCUCUAUGCAAACACUUGGACGCCCGAACCCACGAGCCCCCUACUGGCAACUACCAGAAAUUUACCGUCACUCUAUUGUCUUACCUCGCAGAGGGCCCUGCUAUCUCUACGCUCACGUACUUUGCCUCAUUGGGUAUGAGAUAUUUCGUGUUUAUCUCUAUUCAUAGUCUGAGGCUGAUUUUAUAGUUGAGCGGCUUUUAUCCCGAUCAUUGAAUAUCGCAACGCGACUGUGAACAUCUUAUAAAUGCUAGACACCAGAGCAACAAACAACUACGAACAGUACAGGCACCAUCUCCGACUGCCAGUGUGCCCAUCUCUUAUGGUGUAGUCCAAGCUGUCGUCUCAUAAACUCAGAGCUUCCA